UGUAACAAAUCGCAAUUUUUCCAGAAAAGUCACAAUUUUGAUGUUUUUUUCAUCAUUUUGGGCAGUAAACUAAUCGAUCUCUUACCACCCACCCCCACCUUGAUGUUGGUAACUUUAUACUUAUUCUGUACUGUCUAAAGGUCACCAAAGAUAGAAUCUGAUAUCGAAAUUGGGGGAAAUUUGUGUGCAUUUGUUGACAUUUCUGACUGUUCAGAGUUCUGACCUCCACUCUGCACUGCCACUGGCUCAUGUCUCUUCAUUCAAGUGCAAUGACUGCAUCUAAGAACAAAAGACCUUAUCCAUGAUCCAAAAAAUGAUCAAAAUUCCAAUGUUUUCAUUGGGCUACAGUGUUUGUGUGACCUGUUACAAAAUUGACAGUUUUUCAAUGUAGCUAUAGAUGGUAUUGAGUGGCAGUGGAGAACAGGCUGGGUGUAGAGUUCUCCUGCUUCAUUGAAUGCCAGAAUGGGAAACAAGCAUGCAGGAAUACAGUGUCUUGAGAGCCCCAUCCAUAUGUCGUCAUCAAAGAGGAAACACUGUUGGUACUAUAACAAGGUGCCACCGCCAAAUUACAAUCAUAACUGGACAGAUGUUCACUAUGCAGCCAGCCAUGGAAGCAUCAGAAGGAUCAAUGAAAUCAUACACAAAGCAGGUGUCGUUAACUUGAAUAAACAGGAUUAUUAUGGAAAGACGCCUCUUUACUGGGCCUGUUACAAAGGCCACAAACAGACAAUUGAAGAGCUGUUGAAAUUCGGUGCUAAAAUCAACUUACAAUGUCGCCAUGGUGGAACACCGCUACAUGCUGUGGUUAGUUUGUAUCCAGAGUGUGCACUUAUACUCAUAAAGCAUGGUGCUGAUGUGAACCGUCAAGAUAACUGGGGAGUCACACCCAUGUACUUAGCUGCUUGCAACGGACAGAUUGAUAUCAUUUAUUACUUGAUUGCUGCUGGUGCUGACCUCACUUAUAAAAAUAAGAAAACUGGAGAAGUUCCAAAAGCUUUAUCCUGCCAUCCAGAUUUCUGUGACUAUCUGCAUCAUCUUUCUACGAAUCCUCAGCCCCUGAAGGCCCUGUGCCGCACUGCUGUACGCCAGUGUCUGGGGGAAUACCCUAUGCAGAAGAACCAGGAACUACCUGUGCCUGAACCUCUGAAAGAAUACAUCACCCUCAAUGAACUCAGCUGACCCAAAGCUCCAGAGGCAUUCCAUCUUUACUAGUCACUCGAAGGUUCAGAUUUCCUUAUUUCUUCAGAUUUUUAUCCUUCGUAGUCUCUCUUCAUUCUCAAUAUGCUCCUCUUUGAGUAAAACAAAAGCUUUGUUUGAACUUCUACUUUAAAGUUGGCGUUGGUGUCAUUGAGAUCUGCUUAAAGUGUGUCACUGUGAGAGCUCUGCUUGAAAGUCACCUGGGCAGAUUGGAAGGUGACAAGGUCUAUCACACCUGUAAUUUUAAUGCCUUGACAUCCCUGUCAUUAUGCUGCAACUCAUACGUACAUAUCAAUGGCCAACUAAACUGAUUAUUCCCGGUGAUGGAACUUUGAGAAUCAAAUGGGUGCAGUCAUCAUUCUCAUCAUCAGUUGUGUUCUAGUUAUAAUCAUUAAUACAUAGCUAUUGUUCAUGUACACGUAGGUGAUUCGUUGAUCUCACCAGAAUGAUUUUCCUCCUUUAUCAAAUGGUUGCUGAGAAAUUGAGGGAAUUGGCAUGAGCAUGAGUUUUGUAUCUGUUUCUACCUUCCUACAUGUACAUCUCUACUCGGCUGAAUCCACUGAUAAGGUUGUUUGUAACAUGACUGUGUCAUUAUCGCUGUUGAUAAAAUGUCUAAGUCACUUGCUUUACUGGAGGGACUCCUGCUGUUGCCGAGGUAGUUAACGGGGUGUUUUGGUUUUUGCUUGCCUUCUAAGACAGAAAGGCAGCUUCUUGAUGCAAAGCGGCCUAUAAUACUGACAGUUAUAAAGCCCUUUGAUACAGGCAUGGGUCAGUGAGAAGAACUGUUGUUUCUGUACACAUUGUUCAUAUAAAAGGGCCAGCCCCGAGUCCUCGAGGCCGUUCGGUGAGUAUUCCUCAGUAAUGCAAUGACUUUCUCAUGUUAUUUGGUGUUAAAAUGUGUCAUAAGGCCACACCAAUUACUUUAUCUGAAUUGAGGACCUUCGCACAGGUAAACUGGUGACAUGAGAAAAAAAGGUUGCCGAAUUGAAAACUUCAAUUUUUUUUCAAGAAGCAAGUUUCAAAAUUGGGCAGCAUGAAUGAGAUACAGUGACAGUGACACUUGACUUCAAAGUUUUAUUUUCAUUCUUUCCCCAGUACUUAUAUUGUAAAAGGUGUCUUCUGGUAAACUUUUAAAAUAUCCUCCCACCUAUAUUUGUACAAGUGGUUUUUUGUGCUUCAGCCUGCUAUUCAGGUAUGAUAAUUGGUGUCUUAGCCCUAGCUAUAAGAGCAACGGUUUGGUGCUGCAUUCUUUGUGUGCAAUAUUGUAUUGUAAAGUUUGUAAUUCUUAAUAUUUUAAAAAGAAGUUUACACCAACUUUUUUUAUGUUUCAUGGGAACAUCUUAGUGUAGUACUGUAACUUAUUGCUUGCAUAUUUCUGGGUGCGCUAUUCAACCUGCUAUUGAGUAAACGCAUUCGUCUAAUCAUGUGGACAUUGUUAUUCUCGACAAUCUUGGUGGAUGGUGGUAACUGGAGUAUUAAAAGUAAUGCACAAAGUGACUUGCAUUUAAUCAAGACAGAUUGCUACAAAGUGGGAGUGACGAAUGAUGAUGAUGAUAUGGCCUGUCUGUCCUAUCAAAUGAAGGCCCUGAAUACAACAAUAAUGAACUGAGUUAUUUUCAGGAACUUUGGGAAAUUUUUAAUGGGUGUUGAGAAGCACCUUUUAAAUUGGUGUCAUGAAAAUAUGCAUCAUUCUACGUUGUUCUAAAGUUGUUCCAUGGAAUUUGUAACCAAAUCUCUUUUUUGAUGGUCACUUUUUCUAUUGUUGUUUUGUAGUUCUCCUGCAGGACAGCUUCAAUGCCUGAUACAACAUGUUCAGUACGUGUAUGAAUGUAGUUUGCUUGAAAUGGCAGUGUAAAGUUUUGAUGAAAUAUAAAUGUUUUUUAAAACAGGGUAAAGAUAUAAUGUAGCUUCGUGUAAGUUGAGAACUUGGCUGCCUAAGACGUUUCUUUUGUGUGAUUGUAUGUUUUACCUGAAUACAAACAAAACCUGUGUCAUAGUUAUGAUAACUCGCUCCCCUCAUGGGAGUGGUUAACACUGCUGGCUACCACGCAAUAGGGCCCGGGUUCGAUCCCGGGGAGAACCCAGGAUUGUAUUUCUGGAUGAACCGGCGUGGCUUUCAAGGAACUACAAUUCCUGGCUCUUCACAACACGUACAUUAACGUAUGAAAUACUCGAGGGUCUGUCGGAUGAGACUAAAAGCUGUGGUCCCUUGUACCUGAGUGUCUGUGCCAGGGCAAGUAAAAGAUCCUACAUAGGUGGACAGUAGCCUACAAUGGACUCCAUACCUCCGGCAAAAAUCCAAUAGGGUUACGACGCCGGUAAUGAUAUGAUAUGUAGAAUAGGUGAUAGCUUGGGGUGUAGAUAAAUCAUGUGGAGGGUAUUCAAAAAUAAAUAAUCAAAAUCUGUGGUAAAGUUCAAAUAAUGUUUGUCAUCUCAUGGUCAACUAUCUGACUAGUUUUCUCCAACGGUGGCCUAUCUGUCUUUUUUGUUUAUUUCAAAAGCCUCUGAAGUAGUACAGUAGAACCUCUCUAUUAAGGACACCCGUGGGACUGAAAAGUACUGUCCUUAAUAGCGAGGUGUCCUGAUCAGAGAGGUAAAAUUGAAUGGUAACAACCAAUUUCGGACCAAAACCAGUGUCCUUAAUAGAGAGGGUGUCCUUAAUAGAGAGGGUGUCCUUAAUAGAGAGGGUGUCCUUAAUAGAGAGGGUGUCCUUAAUAGAGAGGGUGUCCUUAUUAGAGAAGUGUUCGCUGAUGGAGGUUCUACUGUAUUACAUUUCAAUAUCAGAGCUUAUCGAGGUGAGGUGCUUCAAGGAGUUGGUUAUUCUAGUUUUUUUGUUUUUUUCCUCGUUUUUUUCGUUUUUUUCUUCAAAAAGUAGAGCCUACAGAUCUCUUAUUCUAGUUCAAUGAUAUAGCAGUAGAUGUCAGCACAGGGCCAAUGUAAAUGCGAAGAUGUCCACAUAAUAGAUCCUCUCUAUCUGCUUUUUGAUAUGCUUUGGUGUUGUCCCUGGGGUCAGAAUGAUAGGUCAGAAGAGUCAGUAUUAAUAUAAGAGCGUAUCUUUUCGACAUAAUCCCUUUGUUUUUGUGACAUUGUACAUUGUUAUUUGAUUACAAAAAUGGGUUUUUUUAGCGUCUAUAAUUUGAAAGGUUUCACUUGUUACUGAAGACGGGGGUGGAGGGAGUCUUUUGGAAAUGCUUCUGCCCUCGCAGCAGUCCGUGGUAUUACAGUUUUAUGUCUUCUGUUAUGAAUAUUCUGUCUGGAUUUCAUAUUUGCAGGUUCAGACCUGUCAAUUAAACAUAUUUGGUGAACAAUUUCAUGGAUGUGACUUUUCUGAGUUCUCAAAAUAAGCCACUGAAUGUGAAGGUUGGAAAUGAGUAGGCCUACUCCCCCAAUGGGUAUAUAAAAAUACAAUCUUUAGGUUUGGGAUCACUAUAAUGAUAACUUGUGGACACAAUUGCGGCAACAAUGAAAUCAUGAUUAUCAUGUAAUCCAUAGAUGGCGCUGUAGCCUAUUUUUGUAAAUGUUUUAUAUAUAUUGUGACCAGUUCGGGUAUCCUUUAAAUUUGGAAGCUUUCCCAAAUUCUGAAACUUGGAGCAUCCGGGAACGUUCGAUAUCUGAUUUGGCCAGAACAGUCAUAGUCUACCGCAAAAUGGUGGACAGGUGGUUUAUUUGUGUGUUGUCUCAUGAAAGGUCAAGCAUUGGGUUCUGGGUAUCUUUCCAUACAGCUCAUGGCUACUGCAAAAUCGAAUGUCUAACUGGCAGCGUAACAUCUUUUUGCAGAAAACUUCGAUAAUUUUCACUUGUAACACUUAACAUGUGCUGAUUUUCUCGUUUUGUGAAGGGUUGAAGUGUUCUGGUUGUGACAAUGUCCUGACAUAAGUCUGAAUUAAGAUGAAUAGUAAUCAAACCCAGCUGUCUAUCCCAUGCGACACCUUACACAGGAGUGUUUGAAAUGGAGGAGUAUUAUUGCCACUCUUUCUGCAGAGAGUGAGUAUUGCCUUGUUAUGGAAUGAGACUCACAACUUGUGUUAUUGUACAUGUAUGGUUCAGGAGUGAAAGUGGCGUCUUAUUUGAUCAGUGUAAGUCUCCGUGGUAUUGACUGUGUGUGAAAUGAAUAAACG